UGCAACUCCGUGUGGCGUCAUCCAUAAACUCCUACCUCCAUGUUAGUGAACGGAUAUUUGAGUUUUGGGCGGAUUGUUUGGCAGCCAGUUCACUUCCCUCCUCUAUGCCACACUACGCUAUGAUCAGCAGGCAUGCUACAAUCGGAAAUACGCCGUAGAGUUUAACUUUAAGUUGGUUUAAAGUUGUUGUUUUACUCUGUCAGUAUGGGUGUCUCGGACGCGACUCUGAGAAGAAGGGCGACUUUCGCGGCGGGGUUGGGUGCAAGUAUGCAGCCGAUGAAUGGGAAGUCUGCUGCGGGAUCCCAGAGCUCAGUGACCGCUGACUUUGGAAGAGACAAUGGCCUGGGAAAACGAGACCGUUUAGUAGAAACAGUCCGGUCUAAAUCAAAGACUGAGAAACUUAAACGCACGAACGACAUAAGUGAGAGAAUGAGCUGUCAUAAAACACAGGAGUCUCUGUUGAGUUCAGCCAGUGGUUACAGUAACUACAGAGGAAUCCUAAACUGGUGUGUGGUUAUGCUGGUAUUGAGUAAUGCUCGCCUCUUCUUAGAAAACCUGCUAAGGUACGGUGUUCUGGUGGACCCUAUUCAGGUGAUUUCCUUGUUUGUGAAGGAUCCGUACAGCUGGCCAGCAGCAUGCCUUGUUAUCGUGUCCAACAUGUUCAUUCUGGUGGCUCUCUACACAGAAAGGUGGCUAUCCAAGGGUUCAUUCACUGAACGUGUGGGAUUUCAGGUCCAUUGCAUUAACAUGGUAACCAUGCUAACAUUCCCUGCUGCAGUCGUCCUAAUGGUCCCCUCCUUGACCCCAGUUGGCGGUGCGUUCGUUGUUGGGACUCACACCAUCCUCUUCCUAAAGCUUUACUCCUUUAAAGACGUCAACUUGUGGUGCAGAGAGCUGAGCAGUGUCAAGGCAAAGAAACUGGCCAGAUCGCUGUCGUGUCCCUCAGCACAGCACCUAAAUGGAGGUGACCACAAGGUGUGUUACCCUGGCAACCUCACCAUCAGAGACAUGUACUACUUUGUCUUUGCUCCAACUCUGUGCUACGAGCUCAACUUCCCUCGCUCUCCUAAUAUACGCAUGAGUUUCCUGCUCAGGAGACUGUUUGAAAUGCUGUUCUUCACCCAGAUGUUAGUUGGUCUCACUCAACAGUGGAUGAUCCCUAUCAUUCAAAGUUCCAUGAAGCCACUAGAGGACAUGGAUCUGACCAGGAUGGCUGAGAGACUUCUAAGACUGGCUGUUCCUAACCACUUGUUGUGGCUGAUGUUUUUCUAUGGGUUCUUCCACUCCUCUAUGAACUUCAGCGCUGAGCUGCUGCGCUUUGGAGACAGACAGUUCUAUAAAGACUGGUGGAACUCAGAGACAGUGACAUAUUUCUGGCAGAACUGGAACAUCCCUGUUCACAAGUGGUGUCUACGACACUUUUACAAGCCCCUGCUGAGGAGAGGAUUUAGUAAAAUGGUCAGCCAAUCAGCUGUCUUCUUCUUGUCAGCUUUCUUCCAUGAGUAUUUGGUGAGCAUUCCACUCAGGAUGUUCAGACUUUGGGCCUUCACAGGCAUGAUGGCACAGAUUCCAUUAGCCUGGUUUGUCGGUCGCUUCCUGCGUGGUAACUACGGCAAUGCUGCAGUGUGGAUGUCAAUUAUCAUUGGUCAGCCUUUCGCCGUCCUGAUGUACGUCCACGACUUUUACGUCCUUCACUACAGACAGGAGGCUGACUGAUGUGCACACACACACACACACACACACACACACACACACACACACACACACACACACACACACACACACACACACACACACACACACAGAGGAACAAACACAGAAACAACAAUGAAAUGAUCACAUCCUGAUCAUAGUUUGUUGAUAUUAGACACCUUGGACUUUGUAUCUUCCUGCAAUUGUUUUUCUCUUCCUAACAUUUUUUUUAAAGCAGAGGACAGGUAAGACACGCUAACAGUGGGAUUUUAUAUAUAUUUAAAGUGGAAAAUGUUCAUUUAUGAAAAAGCACUGUAACAAUACAAGGUAACGUACGAAAGCUUCACAUCUCUACGCAGUGACUUGUGCAGUUUUUUUUACUCAGGUUAUUUUUCUUCCAUAGUCUUUUAAAAUAUCUGAUGGCCAAUUUGGGACAGUUUUGGUUGUAUAUGUGGUACUGCAGAAAACCUUUCGUUUUACCAGAGAGGGUUUGCUCCUCCUCAGCCGUGUGCUUGGACAGUAUAAUGUGGCUCAAUUGUCAAGUUGACAACACAAUUCAGGUGCCUUUGUAAAGGUUGUGAAAGAGAUUAAUGACCCACUACUUCCUUCUGAGCCAAAGGGGGGUUUUACUGUGAGGUGGAAAAAUGAGUGUAUACUGGUAGGAUUUGAAAAGAAAUUCAAUUUUCUUUCUUUUUUUAUUAUGUUUUACUUUGUUGGUUAUAAAAAGGCCAGACUACUACAUGUCUGUUUGUAUUUCUUUAUGUCUAAAGUGCCAUUUCAAUAAUACAGCACAGGCACACAAUCACAUCAACAUUUUCUAUACAGUAUAUUGAUUUUGUGUAGAUCAGAGAAAAAUGUUGGAAUGCAAUAUCAGUGAAUGUGUGUGUUUUUUUCAUGUCACUGGUUUAUGGACUUCUGCCAAGUAAUGAUGUCUAAUCAUGCAGCUAAAGACAAUGUUGUCUGAAAAUAAACAUUCAAAGAUUUCAA